AUGUCUCCGAGACACCCGGCCGACAGCCCCGGGCCAAUUCCUCCUGUGCCGAAUGCAGACGUCGUCGUGUCAAAUGCGAAGGCCAGACCUUUCCCUGCCGGCAAUGUGUAUAUUACCUCGUUCCACAUCUCUGCCAUUAUCCUGCAAGGAAGAAGAGGCACAAUAUCUCACGCCGAGCUUACCGAUAAUUACGCCAAGGCCCGGAAGGUCAUCGAAUCGUUGUUCCCCUCCAGCUCACUUGAUGAACUUUCCUGCAUGACCCGUCAGCAGUUGCUGAUACGACUGCAAGCUUCCAAGGCACCUCCACCUGCUACUGAUAUUGAGCCGCAAGACCAUCUGCAUGUUCUGGAACCACCGGUUGAACAGAAUUUCACUUGGGAUGAAGUAUCCGAGACCGAAAGCGAGACGUCGCGCGUGGCAGACGACGUCAACGGACUAGCCUUCUCACGGCAAUCGCUCAAUGCCUCAUACCUGGGUAUAUCCUCGGUCCCUACAAUUCUCAAAGUCAUCGCCCAUCUCUCUCCUCAUGUCCAGCAACGAGUACCCAAGGGCUCUGAAGCUUGGCGGAGUCCAUCAACCCUGGCUGCUAGUCCAGGAGACAUAGCCUGCCUGCAGGUAGACGAGAUACCGCUUAUAAAUGCAUACUUCAGCCACGUGCACCCUGUCAUCCCAAUGGUGGAUGAAGCCGACUUUCGUCAGCGAUAUCUUCAAUCUAAUGCUGAAGAAGAUGAAGCGGGCCCAUGGCUCGCUCUGGUGAACAUGGUGCUGGCUAUGGGCUCAAUGGCAUCAGACUCAAUCCACUUUAGCGCGCACAACCCAUUUUACAAGCGAGCUUUGCCUCAUCUAAACAUCAACUCUUUUGGUUCCGGUCACCUCUACAUGGUUCAGGCACUGGCUCUGUAUAGUGGCAUGGUUCUUCACUUCCUCAACAAGCCCAACAUGGCGGUUGCUGUCAUGGGGGCAACCCUGCAGAUGGCCGUCGCAAUGGGCUUGCAUAGAGUACAGGCUUCUCAGGCCUCGACGAAUACAGCUUUCCAUCCCGCUAAUGGAUCAACUGCCACACGAAUACGUACUUGGUGGUCUAUUUUGUGUCUAGAUACGUGGGCUUCGUCCACGUUGGGGCGUCCUAGUCAUGGAUAUUGGGACCCAGCUAUAACGUUGACUUCGCCCAUGUCAGUCCUCCAAGAUCUGGAUUACGGAACUAUAUCCCUCGCCGCCAGUGAAAGGUUCUGUCGAAUUGCCACGCGUGUACAACAGCGACUCGCCCGGUUGCCUCUAAUCAGCCCCGAUGAGGUUGACGAAUUCGAUCGCGAACUGAUUGCCUGGAAAGACUCGUUACACAUGUUCCUAGCUCAUCGUGAGCAAUGUCCGCCAAGCGUCAAUACUGCGCGCGCCAUUCUUUGGUGGCGAUGGAUCACGACUCGACUCACACUCUACCGUCCAGGCUUAUUGAUCACAGCGCUGCGUCACAGACCAUGGGGACAAGAGAAUACCCGCGAAGCGACCCAUACACGAAAAUGUAUACAGGUUGCAAAGGAGGGAGUUGAUCUAAUGGUCCUAGAUUGGGCCUCGAACCAGUUUCUUUGCUGGAACAGCGCUUGGAACCUCUUUCAAGUGUCAUUAGUCCUCGUUCUAGGGUUAAUCUCCGACAAAGAAGCGGCGGAUAAAUUAGAUUGCUACGCAUACGUUUGUCAGGCGAUCGAAUUAUUUGCUCAGAUGGAGCCUAUCGACGCUGGUUGCACUCGCAGUCGCAAGCUCCUUCAAGGUCUGUUGGAUAACACCAAGGGUUUUGAGACAAACGAUGCCUCUUCAAUAUCUGACGGUUUUGAUUUCUCUAUAUUUGACUAUCUCGGUACGGAUACCAUUUGGGAAGACACGGAUUGGCUAGGAUACCUUUAG